AUGGGUGAUAGACAAUCACAUCAACAUCAGGCAUAAACUUAUCAAUAGAAAUAAAGUCAAGAGGAAGCACUAAUCAAAUUUUACGUUUACCAAGACCUACAGAAUUUGAUUAACUUAAUUUAUUCCAGGAAUGCUGUACUUGAACACUUUAAGGAUGAUCCCAAUAAUUCUAUAGUUACCUUGAGUAAUAACAAAGUUAUUUUAUAAUUAAAUUUAUCAAUUGGAAUUCAUCAAGAUCUGAAAUAAUAAUAUUCCAGAAACCAUAAUUUAUAAUAGAUAUUACAAAGGGAAAGAAAUACUGCAUAUUAGACACUAAAGGAUGUAACUCAAAAAUCAUAGAGGUAAAUUAGCACUUCAAAUCAAACCAAAAUAUUCUUAAAAGAUUCAGUCGAAAAUUAUCUAAAUACAUAUACAUAAAAUUAUGAAAUGGGCUAUUUUGGAUCGAAUCAAUUUUAAUUAUAGUAAACUAAUUAUGCGCCUUAAUUUAAUGAACAGACUUUAUCGAAAUUGAUUUCCUCAAUGCAAUCUAUUGAUGCCUAGACUAAUUAAAUAGGUACGAAUGGUAACUAUCAGGCUCCAACUCCAGAAUAUAUUUUAUAAAGAGCAUAAGACUAUUAUUCUAUGACUAAAUAAAAGCUGGAUUAAUCUGAUCCAACCAAUUGUUCAGCACAGUUGAAUAACAAAUAAGAAAACUAUUCUCAAGGCAACAAUAGUCUUACUGCAAAUAAUAUCGCAAGUAAAUAACCAUAACCUGAGUAAUAUUCUGAAGAAAUACAAUUAAAUAACAAAUAAAAAAGUUAAAUUAUAGUAGAUAAAUAAAGAAAUCAGUAAUCGUCCUCAAAUUCUGAUUAAAUGCAAUUAAAUAACAAACAAGAAAGCUAGUGUCAGGGCUGCGGAAGUUUUAAUACAAAUAAUAGAGGAAUUCAAGAAUAAUUAAAUUCAUCGAAUUCUGAAUAAGAUAAAUAAUUGAUAAAUGCUAAUCUUAGUUAAGAGAAGGAUAAAUUAAUUGAGUUUCUUAAACUUUCAGGAUAUUUCCAAUAAACUCAUCCUUAUUUAAAUUCAUAAAUUGAAGAUUUGUAAGGUAAAGCCAAAACCUUAAUGAAUUAAAGUUAUUUAACAUAAAAUGAAUAUGAUUUUGCAAUAAAACUGUCAAAAUAAAAUGGUGUUUUCAAACUUCUAAUAAGUUUACACUACUAUUUUGAAUUGUUUCUUGAAUAUUUUAAUGAAAAUAGACCUUCUUAAUCAAUUUAAUAAUUUUUAUGUCAAAAUAAAAAUAAAGGAAAAAUGAAUGUCCCUUUUUUGUAAUAUUUGGUUUCAAAGAAGCAAUUGAUAGAAAAGAAUUUUGAUUCUAAAAAUUAGAUUAACUAUUCUCAAGCAUCAUCUAAUCAAGAAGAUUUUGUUUUUGAAAUGUAUAAGGGCUAUUGUGAUUAUUAUAAAAUUACAAGGAAUUGA